UGAUUGGCGGUGGUUGUGUCCGGGCCUGCUCUGUGUCCCCGGCUGGAGGGUAGCGGGAGACAGAAGAGAGGAUGGAGCCGCGGCUGCUGGAGUUGUUCGGAGGGGGCGGCGGGGGAAGAGGGAAGAGCGGAGCCCGGAGCAAGAAACCCACCAAGGGCAGGAACCGGGGGGGAGGAUCCGGGGGUAGCAAGAACCACAACAACCCCCCCUACCUGCCCCCUGAGGCGGAGGAAGGGAACAUCGAAUAUAAGCUAAAGCUGGUCAACCCAUCUCAGUAUCGUUUUGAGCACCUGGUGACCCAGAUGAAAUGGCGACUGCAGGAGGGACGCGGGGAGGCGGUGUACCAGAUUGGCGUCGAGGACACCGGGCUGCUGGUGGGACUGUCGGAGGAGGAAAUGAAGGCCUCGCUUCUCACCUUGCACCGCAUGGCCGAAAAGGUCGGUGCUGAUAUCACAGUAUUACGGGAGCGUGAAGUUGAUUAUGACAGUGAUUCCCCCAGGAAGAUCACAGAGGUUCUGAUCCGGAAGGUCCCGGACAACCAACAGUUUCUGGACCUUCGAGUGGCCGUCCUGGGAAAUGUGGAUUCUGGGAAGUCUACUCUACUGGGGGUCCUCACACAGGGGGAACUGGACAAUGGGCGGGGCCGCGCCAGGCUCAAUCUCUUCCGCCAUCUUCAUGAGAUCCAGUCUGGUCGCACUUCCAGUAUUAGCUUUGAGAUCCUUGGCUUCAAUAGCAAGGGAGAGGUGGUGAAUUACAGCGAGUCUCGUACCGCAGAGCAGAUCUGUGAAAGUGCCUCCAAGAUGAUCACAUUCAUUGAUCUGGCCGGACACCACAAGUACUUGAAGACGACUAUCUUUGGCCUAACCAGCUACUGCCCAGACUUUGCCAUGCUGGUGGUGAGCGCCAACACUGGCAUCGCGGGGACGACGCGGGAGCACCUGGGUCUGGCCAUGGCUCUCAAGGUUCCGUUCUUUUUGGUGGUCAGUAAAGUGGAUCUCUGUGCUCCACCUACAGUGGACAGGACACUCCGGCAGCUGGAGCGCACACUAAAACAGCCCGGGUGUAACAAGGUGCCUUUCAUGGUGCGGACAGAGGAUGAUGCCGUCACCGCCGCUCAGCAGUUUGCGCAGUCACCCAACAUCACCCCGAUCUUCGCCAUCUCCAGUGUGACCGGAGAAUCUCUGGACCUCCUCAAGGUCUUCCUAAAUAUACUGCCCCCUCUCACCAACUGCCGAGAGCAAGAGGAGCUGAUGCAGCAGCUGCCGGAGUUCCAGGUUGAUGAGAUCUAUACAGUGCCUGAAGUGGGGACGGUGGUUGGAGGAACACUUUACAGUGGGGUAUGCAAGGAAGGUGAACACCUUGUGGUGGGGCCCACAGACUCUGGUAGCUUCCUUCCCUUGAAAGUUUGCAGCAUCCAGAGGAACCGGUCUGCAUGCCGUGUUUUACGUGCUGGACAAGCCGCGACCCUGGCACUGGGGGCAUUUGACCGCUCUCUGCUCCGAAAGGGUAUGGUGCUGGUCAGUCCGGAGAUGAUGCCCACAGUUUGUUGGGUCUUCGAGGCAGAAAUCGUCCUCCUCUUCCAUGCUACCUCCUGCAGGCGUGGAGUGCAGGUCACUGUGCACGUGGGAAAUGUCCGACAGACGGCCAUCCUGGAGCACAUCCAUGGGAAGGAUGAACUGCGAACAGGAGAGAAGGCUGUUGUACGCUUCCGCUUUAUCAAGCACCCAGAAUAUCUAAAGCCGGGUACCAAGCUCCUGUUCAGGGAAGGAGUGACAAAGGGCAUUGGACAUGUAUGCAGCCUGCAGGUAAUAGCCACUGAGACUGGUCAUCUUUGACCUGGGACUUUGCCCAUGUGGCACCCUCACACCAUAGUGCCGGAGACAGCGAGCCAAGGAAGAAGUUCCUGUGGAGUUGUGUUCAUCUUCGGGAAUCACUGAUCUGGUCUUCACAAUGAGGGCCCAUUGUACCCCAGGAAACUCUGGUCCAGUCCCCAAACCGAGGGCCCAUUGUACCCUGUGAAUCAUCGAUCCAGUCCUCAUACCAAAGCCCAAUGUACCCCGUCAAUCACUGAUCCGGUCCUCAUUGUACCCCAUUUUUAGCCUUUCACCAUUUUUCAGACUUUUACUCCUUCCUGUCGGCCCACUUUUAAUCUAUGACAGCUCUUUUAUACGAACUGUUUUUAGACUUCCCCCUUUUUCUACUGUUCUUAAAUUUUUUUAAGACAAAAAAGGCCAACAAGGAUGUUUUCCCAUUCUUCUCACCCUCUGUGGUAUUUAGUGAUCCAGCACUCAAUUAGUAGGGGCAGUGAGUUUCUGGACCGGCGGUGCCCCGUGGUAAUGUUUGCUUUAGGACAGGUCUGCACAGUGGCUGCAAUCAGGUCAAUAUAAAAGGAGCGAGUCAAGAAGAUGGAGGUGGAAAAACUGCAAUCCAUGCACUAAGUUGUAGUUUUUACUCACCAAAAUUGGAUUCUCUUCUAUAUUCAGAAUAAAUUGCCCUUUUCCCUUUUC